CGAAGAAAAAAAGCGAAUUUUAUAAGUUUUUUUUUGUUUGAUUUUACUAGCAUAAAAAAUCCAAUAAAGCAGCAGCGGCGAUAUAUAAGGCAAUUCAAAUGGAUAUUUGAGGUUUCCAGAAGAAGGUAAUAAACAAAAUAAAAAAAAACAAAAAGUACUAAAAAUAGGAAACCAAAAAAACACAUCUAGCAAGAAUGACCCAGUAUCUACCGCCAAAUCUUUUGGCGUUAUUCGCCGCACGGGAGCCCAUACCAUUUAUGCCUCCCGUAGACAAGCUGCCUCAUGAGAAAAAAUCACGCGGCUAUUUGGGAGUGGCAAAUUUUAUGGCCGAUUUUGAGGACCCACAGGAUACACCGCUACCGAAAACGGUGGAAACGCGACAGGAGCGUUUGGAGCGACGCCGACGUGAAAAAGCCGAACAGGUAGCCUACAAGCUGGAACGUGAAAUUGCAUUGUGGGAUCCAACCGAGAUUAAAAUGGCCACAGAAGACCCAUUUCGUACGCUAUUCAUAGCGCGUAUCAACUAUGACACUUCGGAGUCGAAGCUCCGCCGGGAAUUCGAAUUUUAUGGCCCGAUCAAGAAGAUUGUCCUUAUUCAUGACCAGGAGUCAGGUAAACCCAAGGGCUAUGCCUUCAUUGAGUAUGAGCACGAGCGUGAUAUGCAUGCCGCCUACAAGCACGCCGAUGGUAAGAAGAUUGACAGUAAACGUGUUCUAGUGGAUGUGGAGCGAGCCCGUACAGUGAAAGGUUGGCUUCCCAGACGACUAGGUGGUGGCUUGGGUGGCACCCGGCGAGGUGGCAAUGAUGUCAAUAUCAAGCACUCUGGCCGCGAGGACAACGAGCGAGAAAGGGAACGCUAUCGGCUUGAAAGAGAACGUGAGGAUCGUGAAGGCGGCGGGGUAGCGGGUGGUGUUGGUGCUGGUCGCGGUCUUGAUGCCCGUAGUGGACGCGGUGCCGCAUUUAAUAUGGGCGACAGUCGUCGACGGUCACGGUCGCGUGAUCGUCGCGAUAGGGACAGAGAUCGUGGCGGAAGAGGUGGAGCCGGCAAUGGUGCUGGUGGCGCCCGUUCCCGCAGUCGUUCGCGCGAACGAAGGAAACGUCGUGCCGGCAGCCGAGAUCGCUACGCCGAUGACUUUGAUCGCCGAGACAGGCGUGACCGAGGAGGCGAACGAGAUCGGGAUCGUGAUCGCGAUCGUGAACGUGAGCGCGAGAAGAAAAAGAAACGCUCCAAGUCACGAGAACGUGAAUCAUCGCGGGAAAGGCGCGAACGCAAACGUGAGAGGAGGGAGAGGGAACGUGGUACCAGCGGAGGUGAUGUUAAAGAGCGUAAACCCGAUUUCCGUGACAUGGACAUUAUUAAGAUUAAAGAAGAGCCCAUGGAUGAUGGUUAUCCCUCAUUUGACUAUCAAAAUGCUGCCGUUAAACGCGAACAGUCGGACGAUGAGCAGCAAGAGGAGAAAUAUCGUCCUCCCCCAAAUAUGUUUAGUGUUCCGCCGCCGCCCAUUGUUGGACGCAACAACAACAACAGCACCAACAACAAUAACAGCAACAGCAACUCGAAUUCCACUCCUGACAAUGGCCCAGAGCAGAACUGGUGGCGUCAAUAGAUCGAGAUUCAUAUGGAUGGAUAUGGGAUUGGUAUUCAUACGACAAGUUUAUGCACUUUUAUACACACAGAGAGAAAGAAAACAAAACAAACUUUUGACGACGAUCCCAAAAAAAUUAUUCGCUCCACAUGCUAACUACUCUAGAAACCAUUUUGCAGGUUCCAUUUUACACUAAAAAAAACAUGAAGAAAAGAAAAAAAAAAAAUAACUAAUUGUGCA